AUGGACCGCGCAAACGGAGCAAGCCCCGGCGCGGCCGCCGCCUCCAGGGCGGAACGGUUUGAGGAUGAGAAGCGCCGCAUCGUCGAUAGCUGCUUCAGCAAAAAGGAUACCGAUGGAUCGCUUCUCGAAACCUACAUCACCCAUAUUCGAAUCACGGAGUAUUCAUCGCAUCCCUCCAGCCCUCCGCCACCUCAAGCACGAUCCCCCGAUGCCGAGAAGCCCCGAAUCAUCAUUGUUGCGGUGCGGAAAUCCGGAAGAGUCCGUAUGCACAAGUCGAAAGAAAACCCCAAUGGCACCUUUUCCAUUGGCAAGACGUGGAAUCUCGACGACCUGAGCCGCAUCGAGUCGUAUACAGGUCCUCAAGUGAGCCCAAGUCACCGUGAAUGGGGCGCCGACACCGGCUUCCUGGUAACUCUUGGCAAGCCGUACUUUUGGCAGGCCCAGACGGACAAGGAGAAGAAAUUCUUCAUUGCCAGCCUGAUCAAGAUAUAUGGCAAGUACACAGGCGGCAAGGUGCCUGGCUUGGCUGGCUUCGACCAAAAGGAACUGGAUCAAGUCCUUGGAGCUGGUAGACGACCAGCGGGUACUGGUGCCGGCGGCGGCGCCCCAUCAAGACCACCUCCUCUCGAGCAAGCACCUAGCCAGCAGAGUAGUGCGUCCGGCGCUUUGACGACUGGCGUUCCGCCUGUGCCCUCCGUCGUGCCCUCCGUCGUGCCCUCCGUCGUGCCCUCCGCUCCGCCGGUUUCAUCAUCAACUUCGAGCACACCCGAACCCGCUCGGGCUCAGAAGAGUCCCCACGGUAUGCGCCCGCCUCUCAACGGCAGCAAGUCUCCUAGUGCCAGCUUUGACUCAAACGUCUCGAGAGACCGCAUCGGCCCUAAAUGGACCGCUCAAGCCAACAAGAGCCAGGAUUCCUUGGCUGUGUCGUUUGUCACGGCCACUUCUACCAAGACCGAUGACGCAUCAAGUCAGCCUCCUCGCUCUCGCAAUGGCAUGAAUGGUCCUGGGGCAUUCGGCAAGUUUGGCGACUCGCGAGAAGAUUCCAAACCCGCACAAUUGCCUCUGCCCGCUCCCCCUACCCCGGUUCAGCCACAAGCUGCAGGCAAACCACCGCCGGAGAGACGCCGGCCCCCAAUGGAUCCCUCCCGGCCUCAGGACCGUGACCUUGUUCCUCCGCCGCUCAAUAGCCCCGUCGUCCGGAGAGAUCCUGUCGCGCCACCGCCACGAAACAGUGAGAGAACGUCUACGAGAAAUGAAACUAGACAGCCGUCCCCGCAGCCGAGAGAAGAGGCUAAAGAAAGAACCGUACCCCUGAGUGAAACUUUGCUCGCCGAGCAGCCGCAAACGGAAAACGCGCCAUCAGAAUCGGCCGUAUCACCCACUGACAACUCCAGUACUUCCUUUUUACCCGUUACAGUCGGCGAUGAUGAUACAUCCUCGCUUGUGGAGCCUCCUGCCAAGCCCGAAGAAGAGUCACGGCCUGGUCUGGGUCCAAUGAUCAGACCAAAGAAAUCCAAAGGGGACAUCGCUGGCGUAUUGUGGAAAGCUGCAUCGGCCGCCACCGCUUUUCGCCCUCGCCCCGGUGGCGCGGGUGAACGCCUGCGGCACAUGCAAGCUCAGGUCAAAGCAGACGGGCCUGACGGCAUCACGGGUGUUGUCCCUGCACCACCGCGUCCUGUUACGCCGGACAUUCCAAGGCCCGCGUCGGCGUCUGCAGAAGCACCGAAACAAAGUGUCAAGGCUGAAGCCGCGGAGCCCCCCGAGGCAGCUCCUGUGACCACCGUCGCUGUCGUUGCGGCUUCGGCUGAAGCAUCCGUGCCAGAGUUGACCAUUACCCCUAUAAACUCCAGCCAAUCUACGGUCAUCGAGCCUACCCAAGCCCAGGAUGGCAAGAAGGAGCCAGCCCCGAAAGAUGUCCCACAGAGGUCAAUCGUUACCGGGAAUGAUGCGAAGUACUUGCAAAGUCUGGGUGUAGACGCCAGCCUUCUAGACGAAAGAAGCCAAGAAUUCGGCAAGUGGCUCGAUUUCCUGGGUUGGGUGCCGGGCCAGGAAAUGCGCUCCCAUUCCACAGGGGAGAUGAAGUCGCAUCUGGAACGGGAAAUCAACAGAGCUCAAGCCGGCGGUUGGCUAGCUCGAUUCCAAGAGGAAGACGAGCGGGUGGAAGCCAUCAAGCGCGGCAUUGACUUGGCCAUGGGAGAAUGCGAAGAACUGGAUAAUCUCCUCACUCUUUACACCGUGGAACUCUCAACGCUGUCAGAAGAUAUUGCAUACAUUGAGGCUCAGGGCCAAGGUCUACAGGUCCAAACUGCUAAUCAGAAGCUUCUGAGGAAGGAAUUGGAGUCAUUGUUGGAGACUUGCGCCAUCACGUCAAGCGACCUGGCAGCCCUUCGCCUUGCUCCGUUUGACGACCACCGAGGAUUGCAGGAAGUGGAAGCAGCUUUGAUAACGCUGUUCAAGGCCAUGGUCAAAAUCGACCCGUCGCUAGGCGGCAUCGAGCCUCUACCUAACGCGAGUGCCACCAGUCUUCAAACUCCCGCUUUCAACACCGACUAUGGAAACAUGCGGAUCGUUCAGGAGAAGAAACAAAUGUACCUGCAAGAGAGCGCUUUUUUCAUGAAACGACUGACUGAAUUCAUGGGCCGACAGUUCGCCGAGGCCUGCGCUGGCUCGAAGCGUUCCCUAGAAGGCGCCCUCUCCAAGAAACUAGACGCAUCUCACUACGAUUCCGGCCGAGAUUUGCUUUGGAAGUACAGCCCCUUGAUGCUGUAUGCUCGUGAUGUGGACCUCGAGAGCUGGAAUCAACUCAUCCAAAUCUAUCAAGACAAGAGUCAUCCACUGUACAAGGGGCAGUUUCAAAAUGUCAUCCGCAUCUGGCGAAAGAAUGCCAGGAAGAUGACCGGGGAGGAGGCCGACCUGCUGUUCUCCUUCAAGGCGGAGAAGCAGCAAGAAGGCGUGGCCACGGCGGCUCGAAAAAUGACGGUCAAGAGGAGCCAGACCCUUGCCAGGGCACUGCGGUCGCCCUUGGCAGAAAGCAGCAGCAAAUCCAACUUUGAAAGGCCCAGCACCGAAAGCAGAAGCCUUCCUUAUGAAGUGUUUUCAGGUGUGCUGGAUGACCUGUUGCCGUUGAUUGAAAUGGAGCAGAAUUUCAUCAUCGACUUCUUCCACGCAAGUACACUGGAGGAAGGCGACUUCACAGAAGCAGUAGCGGUCAGUGCACCCCAUGAGCGUUUUGGAGACGACUUGAGGCGGCAUCGUCUCAUGGAGCCGGAUCGAGACCUGGCUCGCCGAGUGACUCGGUCCAUGGAGGUGAUUUUUGCCUUUGUCGAAUCGGACCUGCAACAGCUCAUUGAGUGGGUCAUUAGCCAAGACCCCUUGCAAGGGGUUGGUGUGCUGGCGGGACUCGAAAAGAAGCUAUCCGAGAUCAGUCAGUCCAACCAGGAUUACCUGAACACCAUCCUUCAGAAGCUGCACGGUCAUCUGGAAGGGCGUUUCAACAAAUUCGUUGAAGAGCAGAUCAAGGCUAUCGAGGAAACAAAGGUCAAGAUCAACAAGCGAAAGGGAGUCAUCUCUUUCUUCCGCGUCUUCCCCGCCUUUAUGGCGGCAGUCGAGAACAUGAUUGGCGGUCUUGAUGCAAGUUUCGCCCUUCGUCGUAUGGUUGACCGCGACUACGGCCGCAUUCUGAAGUGCAUGUUCGACUCCCUCAUGGUCAUUGCACGAGAAAACCCAGCUGUCGGGGUAGGAAGCGGAUCAGCCGAUCCCGAAGACAAGGAAGCGCUAAACUUCCACAUCCUGCUCAUCGAGAACAUGAAUCACUUCCUCGAGGAGACAGACACGCAAGGUCUCGACGUGCUGGAAGAGUGGAAAGACCAAGCAAGCUCGAAAUAUCACGAGCACAUGGGCAUGUACCUCGACGCAGUGAUGCGCCGACCGCUCGGCAAGCUCUUGGAUUACCUCGAAAACAUCGAGGCCCAGAUUCACUCGGGCAAAUCGCCAACCGCCAUUGCGCGGCAGCCCUCGAACGACAAGAGCGCGUUCCACAAGGUGCUCAGCAACUACGACUCCAAGGAGGUUCGCAAAGGGGUUGAGGCUCUCCGGAAGCGGGUGGAGAAGCAUUUCGGCGACGCCGACGAUCCCGCGCUCAGUCGCGGCCUGGUCACCAAGGUCACUUCUGAGUGCGAAAAGUUUUACCUCGAGGUGGAGUCGAGAAUCGGUCGGGUCACGACCGACGUUUACGGCGGGGAUGUGCCAUUCGAAUGGCCGAGAGCGGACGUGAAGACGGCAUUUCGGUAA